AUGCUGCAGCUCCUGCUCCUCGCUGCCCUCGCGCUGUGUGGAUGCCAUGCAGAGCCGGGUUCUGGUGGGAUGCAACGUGUGGUUGGAGGGACCGAGGCGCAAUCACAUGCUUGGCCCUCACAAAUCUCCCUCCAGUAUUACUCCGGGGGCAGCUGGCACCACACCUGUGGAGGGUCCCUCAUCCGACAGAACUGGGUGAUGACAGCAGCCCACUGCGUAGACAGUAACCUGAAAUACCGCGUCGUCGCCGGUGACCACAACAUCUACCAGAGCGAGGGCACCGAGCAGACCUUCAGUGUCAGCAGCAUCUACAUCCACCCCAACUGGAACUCCAACAACGUGGCAGCUGGCUACGACAUCGCGCUGCUCCGCCUGUCGGGUUCUGCCACGCUCAACAGCUACGUGCAGCUGGCGGUGCUGCCCAGCGCGGGCACAGUGCUGUCCAACAACUACCCCUGCUACAUCAGCGGCUGGGGGCUGACCCGCACCAAUGGGCAGCUGUCGAGCGUGCUGCAGCAGGCGUACCUGCCUGUUGUGAGCUACAGCACCUGCUCCAGGUCCUCCUACUGGGGCUCCACUGUCAAGAACACCAUGAUCUGUGCCGGCGGGGAUGGUGUGCGCGCCGGCUGCCAGGGCGACUCGGGAGGCCCCCUGAACUGUGAAGUUGAUGGGGUGUACCAAGUGCAUGGCAUCACCAGCUUCGUCUCCAGCUUGGGCUGCAACACGCGCAACAAGCCCACCGUCUUCACCCGCGUCUCUGCCUACACCUCCUGGAUAUCCAGCGUGAUCUCUUAG